GGUCAAGCCAGCUUAAAGGACUCUUAAAAAAAAGCCAUAAAAUAGCAUUGAACAUUUCGAUUCUGUUAUAAUCCCUUAAUUAAAGAAAAAAACCUCUGAAAAAAAUGGGGAAAACGAAGCGAUACUGGUUACUCAAAACAGAGCCAAGUGAGUGGUCAUGGUCAGACCAAGAAGCAAACGGUGGCAUCAGCAAAUGGGACGGUGUCAAGAACAAACAAGCUCAGAAGAAUCUAAAGUCCAUGACUUUAGGCGAUCUCUGUUUCUUCUACCAUUCCGGAACCAAAUCGAGAUGCGUCGUUGGUGUGGUGGAGGUAUCGCGUGAAUGGUACACCGAUGAUGAUGAUGAUGAUGGAGCGGUAGAUGUGAAAGGGGUUGGUGAGAUGAGGAAAUGUGUGGAUUUGAAAGAGAUGAAAGGAGACAAAGGGAUUAAGGAUUUUGUUUUGUUCAGACAGCCGAGGUUGUCUGUUGUUCCGGUUGAGGAAGAUGUUUGGAAAAAGAUCUGUGAAUUGGGAAAUGGGUUUUGUGGAGAUGAUGGUAAGGAAGAUUGUGAAAGCAGUGAUGCGUCUUGAAUUGGAUCUGUUUUUUUUUUUUUUUUUUUUUGUAUAUGCGAUUGAAUGAUUGAUUCACCGUGUUGUUUCACCAUUAGAUGGUUCUUCUUUCUAAUCUUCUUUGUUAACUCUCUCUUAAUUUGGCUGCGCAUUUUGUCGAACAUAUGGUGUGCAAGUCAACUAGGUUAAAUUUUUAUUUUUUGUGAAAUUAAUUAAGAAAUUAAGAAA